AUGGCGUUAGACAGAGGUUCGGCUCCGAAUUCGAACACCCAGAAACCGCCGAGCAAGCUUCGGUGGGGAGAGCUAGAAGAAGAAGACGAAGGAGAAGACUUCAACUUCCUCCUACCACCAAAGCAGGUCAUCGGACCAAACGAGAAUGGGAUCAAGAGAGUUAUAGAGUACAAGUUUAACGACGAGGGCAAUAAGGUCAAGAUCACGACAACUACCCGAGUUCGAAAGCUCGCCAAGGCCCGACUCAGUAAAAGGGCACUCGAGCGUCGGUCGUGGCCCAAGUUUGGUGAUGCGGUCCAUGAGGAUGUUGGGAGUAGGCUCACCAUGGUGUCCACUGAGGAAAUCUUGAUUGAAAGACCUAGAGCCCCUGGUUCUAAACCAGAAGAAACUAAGGUAGCUGGAGAUUCCUUGGCUCAGCUUGGUAAAGGAGGUGCUGUUCUCAUGGUUUGCAGAACUUGUGGAAAGAAUGGUGACCACUGGACAGCUAGAUGCCCUUACAAGGAUCUUGGCCCUCAAACCGAAAGCUUUAUUGAUAAACCUCCUAUCUCUGAGACGACCAUGGCGUCUGGUACUACCAAGGGAGCAUAUGUCCCUCCAAGCAUGAGAGCAGGUGCAGAAAGGCCUGCUGGUUCAGAUAUGAGACGCAGAAAUGAAGAGAACUCGGUUCGUGUCACUAAUCUUUCAGAAGACACCCGGGAGCCAGAUUUGCUGGAGCUGUUCCGCACAUUUGGCUCUGUGAGUCGUGUCUAUGUCGCCAUUGAUCAAAAGACAGGUGUGAGCAGAGGUUUUGGUUUUGUCAACUUCGUCAACAAGGAAGAUGCUGAGAGGGCAAUCAAUAAGCUUAAUGGAUAUGGGUACGACAAUCUCAUCCUUCGAGUUGAGUGGGCCACACCCAGAUCUAACUAG